UAGAGGAUGCGAGCGCGGAUGCGGGAAAACAGAGAUCCUGCGUUACGCAUCACUCAUCAGGCUAAAACAAUCUGCCAGACUUUACAAGAAACACAAAAGUAUCCAAGCUACGGAAAUCAAACGAAAUACGUCAGAUCUUUUUACUUGCGUGAUGUUUAGUGAAAGACAACGACGCGUGGGAGAAAUACUUCGGAUGUUUGGAAAGCACAACAUUUGGCAAGGAUCUUUCGCGCAACGACGAGAUACCCUGGCAUUUUAAGGCACACAUUUAAGCAAGACGUUUUGGGAUAUGCUUUUUGACAUUAAGAGAAGUAAACAGACACCCAUGUGAACUGAAAAACACUGACGAUGAAUACGGCUGGAUUUCCUCCACGUGAGAUAUUGCAACGUAACCGCGCAAUUUUGUGAACGUUUUCGAAUAGCGCGCACCGUUUUGUGUCGAGAUGGAAGUUUCUCACGGGGCGAAAACGAACAUGUUGCGUCUUCACAACAUUCUGCAUUUCACUGUAAUGCUACUCAAAGUUACAGACUGUCGUAUCCUGGAGAAUCUACAGCGCUACGCCUCUCCAACCUACCUGCCUGUCAACUACCAGCUCCUCAAUACCGAGUCGUCCUUCUUUCUCAAGGAGGCCACACAGGACUUCAUGCGUAACUCUAGCUUUCUCUCCAGAACUGAACUCUUCUUCAUCCACCAGGCCAGGAAACUGCCCAUUAUCAACGCCACGUAUGGAAGCCUCUCCGUCGAAGAGGCCGUUCCUCUGGACCUCCUGCAGAUGCCUGGAUCAUUUGUGGCGUCUUCAUCUCUCUUUACCUUCAACUGGAAAGUCCAGACUUUUGUUCUCAAUGAAAGGAUUUACCUGAACAAGCCCAAGGUUCAGGUCUUGUUCUACAUAGGCGGGAGAGACUGGGAUGACUACAGCGCAGUGGAUAAAUUGCCUUGCGUGCGAAUGUUCGCCUUCCACGAAACCCAAGAGGUCCGGGGGAGUUGCAGGUUGAGAGGGGAGCUUGGGGUCUGCGUCGCGGAGCUCGAGCCUCUUUCUGGGUGGUUUGCGCCUCCUAGUGUCUUUCCUGGACGGCAAAGGAGUCCAGAUACUUCAGAAGGAACGGCCAUUGAGCUCUACUACAGCCUUCGGGCCGUAGAAAAUGAAGGUUGUGUUAAUGAGGAGUUAGGAGUCAGGGAUGCAGAUCAGUCGGAUCAAGAGGGAUUGUUUGGGUCGCCGAUUUCUACGCCCAUGAGGCGUAUUGGGAGUGUACGAUUGUUUCAAUCUCAGUCCGCUCCGGAAUUAACAGAACUCAGAUUGGAUGGAAAUUUUGCAGUGCUGGUGCCAUCCGCACCCAUUCGGCAAAGGGAUACUGUGUCAGCGUAUAUUGCAGCUUUACCGUUUUCACCUGUGGAAAUGUUCACUCUCAGGGUGAAGUUAAAAGACGGCGUGGCCUUCCUUGGUGCCCGACCCAGUAACCCCACACUGUGGAUGGUUAGUCAAGAUGUGAGAACAGAAGGACACAGGGUCGUGACCCUGCACUGUCGCCGGAAGGAGUCUAGCUAUGGACUGAGCGUGGAGCCCGGCUGGCAGAGAGUUGUUCAAGUGGAUCUAGAGGUGGAUGGGGUUGGCAGCAUGGUGGGCAGUAGAUCUAUUUCUUGGGCAGUUGAGUACCCGGGCAUCAGGGCCGGUGCUGAAGAAACCGAGACGCGUAUCCACCUGGCACAGAAAGACCUUGUCGCCAUUGUGCCGUUGGCCAUGGAAACAGAGAUUGUGAACACAGCGGUGCUGAAUGGGAAGACAGUAGCAGUUCCAGUGAAGGUGGUGACUGUGGGUACAGAUGGUGCGGUUACAGAUGUUUCAGAAUCUGUGCAGUGCCAGUCUACAGAUGAAGAUGUUGUUAAGGUAUCAGACAGAUGUGACUACGUCUAUGUGAAUGGCAAAGAGAUGAGGGGACGGGUGCAAAUGCUGGUGAACUUCACCUACAGUUACCUGAAGGCCCAGCUGGAGGUGAAGGUCUGGAUUCCCAAAUUGCCCCUGCAUAUUGAAGUUUCAGAUACAGAACUCAGUCAGAUCAAAGGCUGGAGGAUCACAAUAAACAGUAACGCUCAGAGGUCGACGCGGGACAGUGAGGAUGAUGAUGAAGAGCGCAGAGGAAAGACCUGCACGUUGCAGUAUCAGAGGGCCAUGGUGCGUGUGCUCACACACUUCAUAGCCGAGUCGUCUGUCAUGCGAGGUCAGGUGGCCCACAUGCUUGGCAGUGAUUGGCAGGUGGAUAUCACAGAUCUAGUCUGGGACUUCCUGAAAGUGGAGAACCCACGAAUCGCCAGGCUGAGAGAUGGACGUAUUCUGGAGGGAAUGGAUACUGGAAUGACUAGCAUUCAGGUUCUGUCUCCGCUGUCUGACUCUAUACUGGCAGAGAAGACAGUGAGGGUUGUGGAUGAUCGAGUGACCAUCACUGAACUGGGCCUGCAGUUGGUCAGCGGUCUCGCGCUCAGUCUGCAGCUCAGCACAGGAAGCAACAGAGCCAUCAGUGCCACGGCGACCACACAGGAAGUGCUCAGCAAUCCCAAACAGGAGGCGCUAAUCAGUGCCUGGCUGCAGUUCAGUGACGGCUCCAUGGCCCCUCUGGACAUUUACAACCCUGAGCACUUUCUCCUAACAGCCACGUCUCUGGAUGAAGAAGUUGUGUCCGUGCGCCAAGACGCAGCAGGCCGGUGGCCCAUCAUUUCCGCACGAGCCGAGGGUCAAGGACUGCUGGUGCAUGUCGAGAUGACAGUAUCUGAAGUGUGUCAGAAGUUUAAACGUCGCAGUGUCCUGGCAGCCGGAAACUGCAACAUCCGUGUGAAGUUUGGUCGCAGCGACAGCGCUUUAAGGCCUGGCGACUACGGCCAGGAUGGCGAGGAUGCGUACAGCAGACCAGGUGACCGCCAACAGAACCCGUCUCUGCCUGACAGGACCGGAAUGGACAACCAUUACUACGGAAGCUCUAUCUCAGACAUGGAAGACGGAAUUACGAGAAGAAUCACGACCACCACCAAGACGGCAAUCGUGAGAAGACCAGGUGGAGAAAAACUCUCAGAUGACGGGAGCCAGUUGCCGGGCAUUCCCAUCGACUUCUCUGACUUUCCCGCUCAAGUGGAUCUUCCCCGUGGACAAAACAUUGACGCCGAUGACCUUCAGACACCUCACGGACUAACUGAUCUCGAAAUCGGGAUGUACGCUUUGUUAGGCGUCUUCUGCUUGGCUAUUCUGGUCUUUCUCAUCAACUGCAUCUCCUACACGCUCAAGUACAGACACAAGGAGAUAUCCAUCGAAGGUCAAGAGAACAUGCACCACUCGCACGACUGGGUGUGGCUGGGAAAUGACGCCGAACUUCUGGAGAGUCACGGGAGUUUGUCUCCGCAGACCGAAGAGCACAUUACCAUCAUGGACUCCAGCUUAGGCGGGUUAGAAGAAGGAAGUCAGCUUCUCAACGGCGGCUCUCUGCAGAAGAACGUUCAAGGUCAGGUGCACAGAGGAGCGGACAGCACUACGGUCUGCACCAAAGACAGCAAGGGCGAUUCGCCGACCACCAAACGGAAACGCGUGAAGUUUACCACAUUUACAACCAUCCCGGUGGAGAGCGUCAGCCCUGUUAAAGAGAAGCUGGGGUUGGAGUCGGAUGACGAUAUUAAGUGGGUGUGUCAGGACGUUGAGAUCGGCGACUCCAAGGAACUGCGAAACUAUAUGGAGCGGCUAACUGACAGUGCUUUGAAGGAGGUGGCGUAGUUUAAUCGGCACGUGCAAACUGAACUCACCCUUAUGCCUUUGUAACAGAGUACGAGCCAGAGAAUUACUACAUGAACCUUACUGAACACAUCAGCCAUUACGUGUUACAAGGAUGUUUAUCGUUUUGGUUUGACAUGGGAACUGACAUGAAAGCAACAACAGACUUACGGUGAAAUUUUGACAAAACGAAUCGAUUUUUUUUAAUGUGCGCUUUCAUUUAUACGUUCUUUGCUCUCAUCAUUUUUUUAAUGAUUUUAUUUUAGCACCUUUUCUAGUUAAAACACUAAAUGGUAUUUCCAGGCUUGCCGAUGCUCAGCUCUCUCAUAUGAGGCUACAGAAGUGUAUACGGAUGGUGACUUGUAGAUUAAGGGUUUGUAAUAUUCAUGAAUAUGGAAUCAUUGUAAAUAAAGUGCACAUAGAAUGGUUUGGA